GACACGCUUAACUCGAUAAGUGGUCCGAUUUUUUUUUUUUGCUCUUCUUUCAAAAAUCUCCGGUACAAAUCUAAAUUAAACCGGUAUCCGGUUUGGACAAUCUUUUCCUCUCUCUAUCAAGACCCCUCUCUAUUCUAAAACCCUUCUGAGCGUCAGAAGAUCUCAGGAGCUUCUUCAAUGGCUGGGGCUUAUUGAUUACUACUACUAAUCAGUGAAUCUUCAGCCAAAGUUCCUAUUUUGGUUGAUUUCUCAAGCUUACCCUCUGAAGCCAUGGCGAUUCUGCUCAAAUCAGUUCUCAAAAAUCAGACAUUGUUUAAGACUCUAUUGAAGAAACCACAGUACGUUUCGCCUUUGAUUAUCUCCAGAAACUUAACUUCGGAAGCUCAUAAGAAGCCACUCUCUGUUUUUUUCGAAGAGGCUGUUGGAUUGAGACCUAAAUCAGAAACGAGCGAAUUCGAAGAAGAAGAAGUACAAGGCAACGAAUUGAAGAGAAAGCUUUUGGAAUUGGAGAGGAAACUCAUAGAACUGAAGAAAUUGGAACCUGUGAGAAAGAAGAAACAGAAGGAGAAGGUCGUGAUCUCAGAGCAAACUGAGAAAAGGCAUAGUCUUUUCAAGUUGUUUAAGGGAGAUGAAGAGAAGGAGGUAAAGAAACGUAGUCGGGAACAGGAGGAUGUGAUUAGGGUUUAUAAGGAGCUUCCUAUAGAGAUGGUGUCGUUUGUGAGGCUUCUGCAUAAAGAAGGGUAUUUGAACAAGGCUAAUUUCAUCACUGGAGAAAAGUUGGACAUGGGGAAUCUUGAUGAAGAGUAUGCUAGAACUUUUGUUAAGUUUGCUGCGGAAAAAUUUGGAAAGGAUUACCAGGAAAUAGCAAAGUGGUUAUCAGGUAGCGACCUGAAAAAGAUUGUGCUCUUUGGUUGCCCGAGUUUGGAAAAAAGGGCAGUAUUUGCUGCUAAAACAUUGCGCAACUUUUUCGAUAUCCAUGAGAAUAAUGUGUGCAAUAAAUGCGUGUUAAAAGAGAAGUGCAAGUUUCCAAACCAGAGUGUAUGGGAUGGCAAAACAAAGCACCUGCACUUGUCUGUUGUGAUGAAAGUCAUCACACUAUAUCCAUUGGACUUGACUCAUCCAAAGCUGCAAGUUCCUCAAGAGGUACAAGACUCAGUCUCAAGAUUGCUGACAGAGAUUCAAAACCUAAGCCGAACUAUCUGUACCCCUCUGGCAUGAGUUCACCUUAUCAAAGAUUUGUUUGUAGUAGAGAUCAAUUUAGUGUUCUUGCAAAUGGAAGUUGAACAAAGAAAAGACUAUCAUGAAGAAGAGUUUUCACUUCCACUUCCACUUCCACUAUUAUGAAAUAGGACUAUUACAGUUAA